AUGACUUGGACAAGAACUAAUUCCUUUCUCAAAGGUAGGAUUUUAAAACCGUUUUUACCCAACGAGAGACACCCUCAUUUGAGAAGCCCUCAUUUUAAAAACUUAUACCCAGGAGAUCAAGUAUUUAUCUUUGAGGUUAAGGACGAUAAGUGGGCAAGAGGAUAUGCAUUAGUGAAGCCCUGGCCAAAUGAGUACAUUGCCACCUCCUGUAAUUUGGAUGAGUUGCCGGUGCAAACCAGUGAAGUUGUGAUUUUUCCGUUGGAGUAUGUAAAGAUUACUGGCGAAUUACCCUUCCCAGAAUUGAAAGUCAAUGAAGACUUCAACAAUAUAGUAGAUGGGUCUGCAGUGCCUACUAUUGGAGAUUCAGAGUGGAACCACAAGGAAGCAACUGAUGGAGUGCAAGAAGCUUCUACACCCAAGAUUCCGCCCCUCCCAAGUAGUAUCAACUCGGUUGAGGAUUUGGGUGACGAAAUCAUGUACACCAUGGAAUUGCUUACAUCGCAUAUUUUUGCGUUGUACUCCAUGGGAGAAUUCAGGCUUUUCACGAAGUUGGUGCUGAUUUAUCAUGCUUUGAAUGAGACCAGAAUCAAAUUGUUGCAUGACCUUUUGACCGAAGAUGAGGCACAGGUUGCAAGGGAAACCGUUGUUUACUUGUUUAACAAAAUACCCAAAUUGCUCGCCUCAAAGACAGCCAGAAUCAAUGCAAAAUCGUAUGAUUUGGAUAACGAGGGCACCGAUGUUUCAGGAUACAAGUCAAUCUUGGCAAGAGACGCUUACAAUGGACGUAUUCUUCACUGGGGUAACUCUAGCCCGGCAAGAAUAGCACUCAACAGUGAGUUGGGUGCUCUUGAUCCGAACUUCCCAAUUAAGGUGCACAAUUACGCCGACAAGUAUUCUUUGAAGCCACCAUUGAGCAAAAACUUUAGUCACGAACCACCAUCUCACAUUUUGGUUGAUUUCAAAUCCGUUUCAGGUUCAUCUGCUUACCAACCUCCAGGAUUUGCCGGUACUAUUGCUUAUAUGUACCUUCGUAAUUCUCAUAAACGGUUGACUGAAGCCUUUGCUGUGCACACUGACUCUGUUGACGACUUGGUGAACGUCGAAAAGAUCAGUGCAGCUUUGUUUAGAAAUGUACCUUCAAGUGAAAUUGUCAACAACAAAGUCUUUCUUGUUACCGUUUUGACUGAGGAGGUUGAUUUGAACUUGAGAAGCCCUCAAGGACCGCUGGUCAAGAGGGUGAAACGAGGUAUUGCUGCCGGGGUUGCAGACAUUACAAGAAUUUUCUCCCGCAAUACUGGAUCAUUGCAGUCGGGCGAAGCACAUCAUUUUUCAAUCAAGUUAUACGGGUCCUAUAUGAACAAGAGAGGUGAUACGGUUGAUGGUGUUGAAAAUAACGGGUGGGGAGAACUAGUUGAUAGAAUCAUCGCAGGUACCAGUCAUGGUAUUGCUGUCAAUCCAAGAGCCGAAAAACUUGUGGUUACCGUGAAGGAGUUUAAGCAUCAGUUUAGUGCCUCCAACUCUGACAUGAUUUCAAGCUCUACUCCUAUUGCCAGAAUUAAGCCUAUCUUUUUCGAUCCAUUGGCUGAGAACUAUGAGCGGAUCUACUUGAAAAUGAACAAGGUUUCAUUAAUCAAAGGCGGAUCCAAAGAUGACUUGUUAACAUUUGAGAUCAGCACCCCCAAUAACGAGUUCAUCACUUUCGCAAAGGCUUCCAAUCAAUUGGAAAAGAGACAUUGGCAGUUUAUCUCUGUAUUCCCCGAGGAAUCAGUUGGAGAAAUCGUCAAAGUGAAUGGUGUAUCUUUAAAGAGCCCAACAAAGAAGGCAUUACGUGAUGAUUACAUCUUGUUAUCAUUGUAUGUGAAUGGUGUCUUAGCCGGUGAAGGUAAACUUUUGUACAAGUCUGGCAACAGGUUGGUUGAAUUCAACAAAACAAAACCACAUGUUAUUGAAAUUGUUUCCACUACUCAAAAUGCUCCAAUAGCACGCGUGGAACUCAAUACAGAGUAUGUAGGAAAGGUCUACAAUUCAGACAUCUCCAUAGACAACAUUUUCCAGUAUGAAAAGUAUUUCAAAUUGGGACAAAAAGGCCUUGAUGAGUUAUCAAACUCGUUGGUUGUAUUUUGCAAGUUGGAACUUUCUCAAUUGCUCAAGUACUUUAAUGAGCUUUUUUCAUCAUUGCUUGGUAUUAUUGAAAACUCGUCCCAGCACAGUGGACUGACAAUUGAAAUUCUCGAUGAUAACACAUUCAAAGCAAUCACACAUUUAUUGGAUACAUUGUUCGGCAAACAGGAUGAAUACUCUCAUUUAGUCGAUGAUUUCAUGGCAAAGCACAAGUACCAGGAACAAGUCGGAAUCUUUUUGGUUAACAAAGUCAGUGAGAUAUACGCUAGAGCCGCUGUCAAUUGGAACUCCGUGGCUAGAUCGAUGUGUAGGGUCAGUACAGUUAUAUUGAGGGUUGCCUUGAAGACACUCCAGGAAACUAGUGAUUUGGAUGUUACUUUAAAUGCUUUAGGCGGUUUGUUUAUGUCUGUUGAAAACUUUCUUGCAGUUGACUCGCCAGUUUUGAUCGAUGAUCAAGUGUUAGUUUUGGAUAGUCUUGAUUAUCUCAUCAGCUUGAAAUCACGCAUGGAUGAUCGUGAAGUGUUAAAUAUGCUGAUUAGAUUUAUUGAUUCCGUUGGCCUUCGUGGAAUGGGUGCCGAUGAAUUGAACUACGAUGGGACUACCAAGAAGGCAACCAAAGAGCACAAGAUCCCCGUUAGUAAACUUCUUUUGAUUUUGCGUUUGCUUAACAGUCCUAUCGCCGACCAUGAAGAAGCUAGGCGAGAAUUGCUUAGAAAGUCAAUGCAGUGGUCUGUGGAAAUUUUCUUAGGUCCAAUGGAUGUUGAGGCCACUAGAUUGGGCUGUAGCAUUCUUAAUAGAGUUUGCACAAUUUUGUGGGAAAAUUCAUUGCCUUGGGAUAAGGAUAUUGACUUGUGUUUCUCAUUGGCCAAGUUCUUGCCUGCAAUGGCACGUACCUUCAUUAGGUACAACAAGUUUACCAGAGGAAACAAUUUUUUCAAGCCAAAGCGUAUCCUCACACAAUUAUUCCCAACUACUUAUCCAUUCAACUCUUUCACUAUCGAUCAAGCUGUUAAUGACGAGCUGUUGGUAGAAGUUUUGGUAGAAUUGGCUGCAUGCUUUUCAUUCAUGGCUAAAAUCGGUAAAGCAGCAGCUGGAAAUGAGGGAUAUGGACGGAUUUUAAGCACUGAAAUCGAGGACGACAUCUUUGAUCCAAACAAGUACUUGGCAGCUGAUUUCCAUGGUGAGGACCUUUUGACAAUUAUUUCAGGAAUCAGGUAUUUGAGAUUGGGAAAAUACUUCCCUGAAGAUAAGUGGUUAUCAUUGUAUGCGAUAAUUGUUGAUGGAUCUAUGUGUGCCUUGGAAUUGGUCAGACCAUUGAUUGUUUCCUACCAACUUCCUCCAAUUGAAGAAUCUGAGCAUUUCGAUAGGGUAUUAUGGGGCAACUACUUAAAAGCAUUGUUGAAAUUGGCAGUUUUGCCUCCUGUGGCUGUGGAGCACUUGUCCAAUGUACCUGGAAAGGCAUGCUCUGAGGUGACCCACGAUGUCCGUGACAGGGCCGCAUUUUUGAUCAAUGAAGCGUGGGACUCAUUGGCUUGGCAGGCUACAGAAGCUGAUGUUAUAAGAUUCAACUUGAACAAGUUUGGAGGCUAUCAAGUUGAGUUUAUUAAUGACGAAUUUAGUUUGAUUUCGGAAUUGAUGUUGUUUGCCCUUCAAAGGAAUGAAGAAUGUCAAUCUGUUGCUGUGAAGAUGAUCUGGUCAAUUAUGGUGUCUGAGUUUAUAUUAAGUGGAGGGUUGAACGAAGUGGAGAAACAGUGUCUCAUUGGGCUCUACGAAGUAUACCAAAAAGCUUCUUACAAACCCUCGAAAGAAGACCAAGACAACUUUAUCCACAGAAUGAAAGCAACCAUCAGAUUGGAUAGAGAGGAUGAAGCGUUUGCAAUUUUUUACGAGUUCAUCCAGAAUAUUACCGCUUUCUGCGCAACAUUGAAUUACUACAUCAGUGUCCCAAUCGGUCCAGAAUUUGAUGAAGACAGGAGAUUCCAUAACAUCAAAUUGAGAGCCCAAAUUAAAGCAGCAGGUAAACCCGAGUAUUUCAAUUCUUUUAUUGGUACCAUGUACGACGACUACGUUCGCGCCAAUGAUUUCGUGCAAGCUGCGUUGAGUUUGGAGUUGUUAGCAGGGACCUAUACGUGGGACCAUAAGGAGAUUGUUCCAGCCAGUUUCAGGCCCAAAUUUCCUCAACAAACUUCUUUCGAGAGAAAAGAACUUUUGUUUAAAAUGAUGGCAACCAACUUUAUCAAGGGCAAGAGUCUUGAAAAGGCGGCAGACACAUUUAAUGAAUUGUUGGAUGCUUACAAUGAGCACACGUAUGAUUUGAAAAGUUUUGCCUAUGUACAUAACAAAUUGGCUCAGCUUUAUUUGGAUUUGGAGUCCUCGGACAAGUUGGAGCCAUCGUAUUUCCGUGUCGAAGCAAUUGGAACGGGGUUCCCAUAUUAUAUGAGGGUUAUUUCUCAAAUCUAUCAGGGGUUGCCAUUUGAACACAUCACUUCAAUACAUGAGCGCUUGUUGAAAGUUUUCCCUGGGGCAAUCAUGAUAAACGAUGAUAAGGAAGCGCAAAAGUUGAAAGAGGAGAAUGUUACUGGAAGAUACCUUUUGGUGAAAACUGUUGAGCCAGUUUAUGAGUUUUCAGAUAAACUUUUCAACACAUCGUUGGGUGUCAGACAGUAUGCCAAAAAUAAGGAUUUGAGAUUUUUCAGAAGCUUGGCAAAAAUACCUGGGUCCACUUCUGUGUUUGAUUUAUGGACAGAUCAAACCACAUAUGAGUCUUGGUUGAGUUUCCCAACGUUGAUGAACCGAAGUUUCAUCAAGUCAGCAGAAACUGUUAGAUUGUCACCUUUGGAUAAUGCUAUUCAAACACUUGCUAAGAAGAAUGACGACUUGAUCUUGUUGGAGAGUUUGAUAAACACAGCAAUCAAGGACAAGACCGAUUACCUGGCUCAUUUCAGCGACUUGUCCAGGCAAUUAAGUGGUACCGUGGAUGCGCCUGUCAAUGGAGGGAUAGGCCAGUACAGGUUGUUCUUUACUGACCCAAGGUAUCAUGACAAAGAAGAAAAUGUCAACAAGGCAGACUUGCUUCACAAGGCAUUCAAGGAUAUGGCAAUUGUAUUGAGUCGUUGCUUGACUCUUCAUGGCAAAUUAUGUCCCCCUUCGAUGAUCUCAUCACAUGAGGCAUUGGUUGAGUUGUUUGAAAAGAACUUUAGAGAGGAGAUUGAGAGUUUGAAGUUGGGAAGCAACCAGAAUGAAGUUGCGUCAUCUAAAGUCUCAAUCUUUCACAGCAAAAGAUCUGAUGCUUCUACUUUCAAUGACAGAUCGUCUUUCCAUAGUUCAAAUCAAUACCAACCAUCGUCAGCCAGUGCCUCAAUUACAGGCGCAAGGUUAGAGAGAUCAAACACCCAGAAUUCCUCGCAAUCCAGUAAAUCCGAUACCAAAUCUGGUCAUUCAUCUGGAUACACGAGUGGAAUGGCGUCAAUGAGUCAAAACAGUGGAACUUCAUUUUCUCAAUUUUCAGGUUUAACGGGUAGAAAGAGUGUUACAUCGGGUGCUCCAUCCAACAGAAGCGCUCCUAAGAAGGUGACAGCUCUCAAUGGUAGAUGGUAA